ACUUCGCAGGUUUUGUUUUACAGUGCACUCUUGAGGUCAGCGCAGUGGUGGAGAAAGAGCGGAACAACAGCGGAGCCUCCGUCCUUCACUCUCCGCGGUUCAAACAUGGCUCUGAAUAUACUGGAAGCGGCUCGGAGAGUCAUCGCCUCUGUCGUCAUCACAGCCCUGCUCAGGGUCUUUCGCUUCUUUAGCGCCUGGAAAACCGCCGUGCCAUCCGCAAUCAAGCGGGUCCCGCCCGUGGGCAACCCGCUGCUGCUGCUGUCAGCGACGCAGCUGGCCAAAAAGAUCCGGCGAAAGGAGGUGUCAAGUGUGGAGGUGGUGCAGGCUUACAUUGACAGGAUCCAAGAAGUCAACCCUCUUCUCAAUGCUGUUGUAAAAGACAGGUUUGCUGCUGCCCUCCAGGAGGCGGCACAGGUGGAUAAGCUGAUAGAGGAGGAGACUGGAGGAGAGGAGGUGCUGGAGGACCGACUCCCUUUACUGGGAGUUCCACUUUCUGUCAAAGAGUCUUUUGCCCUCCAGGGCAUGCCCAACAGUACAGGUGUGAUCACCAGAAAAGCAAUUCUGGCCUCCAUCGAUGCUGCAAUGGUGGCCCUGUUAAAAAGAGCGGGCGCCAUUCCACUGGGCGUCACCAACACCAGCGAGCUGUGCAUGUGGCUCGAGUCGCACAACCACCUGUACGGAAUCGCCAACAACCCAUACGACCUGGAGAGGACACCAGGAGGAAGCUCAGGAGGAGAGGGCAGCAUACUGGCAGCAGCAGGCUCGGUCAUCGGCGUAGGCUCCGACAUCGGCGGCAGUAUCCGUAUGCCCGCUUUCUUCAAUGGAAUAUUUGGCCAUAAACCCACUCCAGGCAUUGUGUCCAGUGAGGGUCAUUACCCUCCCGCUUCUGGCAGACAUGACGAGUACAUCAGUAACGGUCCCAUGUGCCGCUAUGCUGAGGAUUUGCUGCCCAUGCUCAAGAUCAUGGCUGGACCCAGUGUUCACAUGUUGUCCUUAAACACCAAGGUGGACCUUAAAAAGGUGCGCUUCUUCUCCAUCCCUGAUGAUGGGGGCAAUUCUAAGUCCUACCCUGUCAGCAAAGAGCUCAUAGACAUUCAGAGAAAGGUGGUGGAGCGUCUGGAGGCUGAUCUUGGAGUCAAAGUUGAGGAAGUGCGCAUCCCUGAGCUCCGCUAUAGCUUUGAGAUCUGGAGUACCUACAUGAAUCUCCCUGAUAAGGAGGGCAAGCCUCCUACGUCAAUGGCUGAGCUGAUGGGGGAACCAGGACGACCAGUGUGGCCACUGUGGGAAAUUCUGAAAUCCCUGAUGGGAAAGUCAAACCAUACCAUCCCCGCUAUUGCCUUCGCCCUGACUCAGAUGUCCUGUCAGUCGGAGCCGUCGCCCUUCAUCAUUCAGCUGAGGGAGAGCCUGCAGAAGAAGGUGGACAAGCUCCUGGGCACUGAUGGGAUUUUGUUUUACCCCUCACACCCCAGAGUGGCUCCUGAACACCACACACCGCUUCUCAGACCUUAUGACUUCCCCUACACUGGCAUAUUUAACAUCCUGGGGCUGCCGGUCACUCAGUGUCCUCUGGGUCUGGGUGAAGAGGGUCUGCCUCUGGGUGUGCAGGUUGUGGGUGGGAAGCUGCAGGACCACGUCACUCUGGCUGUGGCUCUGUAUCUGGAGAAGACAUUUGGAGGUUGGAGAGACCCUGGAGCAAGUAAAGCAUAGUCAUAGGUUUUUUUACCAAAUCUCUGCUUGCAGUAGUCCACAAUCAUUUAGAAGUACAAUCAAUGCAUUUAAGUAAAAAAAAACAUUAUUUUGUACUAAUCACAUAUCAGCCACUCUGCUAAGUGUGUGACUUUGUUGUUCAUUUACACAUGCUUGAAAAAAAUAUUGAUUAUUUUGUAAUUAGAAUUAUUUGAAAUUGAGCAUUCAUAUUAUCACAUGAAACUACAGUGGUCCUCAUGCACUUGAAAUGUAUCGUUACGCAAUCGUUACUAUAUUGCAAGAUACAUUUUUAAAACAACAACAUCAUUUUAAAAUGACCAAUACUCCACUUCAGUUGUUACCUCAUCUAGUUUAAUCAGCAGCUACACAGUUAACAUGUGUAAGUGCAAUAGAAGCCCUGAUAGUUUCUUGUCUCUGGCCAGUAUAUGAUGGUUUAAAUGACUUAAUAACCCUCUGCACAGGCCCAGUCCACAUGUAGGCAGGACUUUUUUUACAUGCUUAUACACACAUAUUCAGUUUUACUUUUGUUGUUAAUGGUGAGUUCCGAUUGAUAGUUAGAAAUUCUGAGGUCAAUUACUCAGUUUUCCAACUCAGAAUCUCGAAGCAACUUUGCAGAAUGCAGUGAACUCGGAGGUGAUGUCACUCCCAGUUCAGUUAGAAAUGGAACUCGGCAUUAUUUGCCUACUAGAACAGGUAGUGACAUUUUGUCUAUCUGUCUUCUGUUUGGUUGUUUUGGUUAGCUUUUGUAUUUCCAUCUGGAUGCACUUGUGGUCAGGAUUAUUUUUAGACCUGGAGGAGGAAAACCUGUUUGAAAAAAAUACACGCCUACAUGUGGACAACACCUCAGGUUCAGGUUGGGUGGAGCCAAGAUGGGAGAUUGUCACCUGACCUCACUGUUGUAUAUAAGAACUUUAGGGCCUUUUUACAACAGAUAUGUUUGACAGGUGUUCCUGUUCAUACCAACAAUGGUUCUAUUCAGUGUAGCCUGAAACUGAGCAAGGUAAACUAAAUUCAUUUGAAUAGUUUUACUUACUGACACAUUGAAAUGUCUGCCAUGAAAAAGGGCCAUUUAGAUGUAGUUUGUCAUCUACCAACGGGUAAAUAUAAUCUAGGAAGGUGACGGAUAAAGGCGAGGAAGUGCCAUCAGUCAGUGUAAUUAUUAUACAGGUGUGUGGACAAUAUAAAUAUUUAACUUCACAACAUGUACUGUGGAAGAUAAAGACUUACCUGGAACCCGACACUAGAAACAAACAGAUGUUUUAACACAAAAAAAGUGCGAAACCUCUGUUGUGUGAUAAUGUGAAUGUUGCAUAACAGUGGUUUACCUGUGGUGCCUGUUUUAUGCUGGAACUUCUUUGUAUCAGCAAUUAAAUAAAAAAUAAACAAACA